AUGGAACCGAAAAAGACAGGAUGUGAAAAAGGUAAUAAACCUUCCUUCACUACAUUGGUGAAGGUUGCGAAUUUAACCGUGGAAUCCUACUGGCCUAGUCUCUUUGCCAAGCUCUGCAAGAAGAGGAACAUCGAAGAUCUUAUUGUCAACAUUGGCUGUGGCGGUAGUGGUGCUGCCCCUGCCGCCGUUGCCACUCCUGCCGACGCUGGUGGUGCUGCCCUUGCCGCCACUGCUCCCGCCGCAGAAGAGAAAAAGGAGGAGCCCAAGGAAGAGAGUGAUGAUGAUAUGGGAUUCAGCUUGUUUGAUUAGGUGUUUCUCAAGCUUAUUCUCAUAGAAGAAAAGAAUUAGGAUCAACCAGAUGGAAGUUUUUUGGUAUACUUUUAUGUUAUUUAAAGAUGAUUCUGAUUUACUUUUAUGAUGUCAGUUACUGAUCGGAUAACUAUGA